AUGUCCUUCCUCUUCCGUCCCAUCUCCCGCCUCUUCCGCGUAGGCAAGUCUCGCCACUUGGCUGGUACCGACUUGGAGGGCAACCGCUACUACGAGUACCCUUCGCUGCACGGAUCGGAUGACCCUCGGCAUACCAGGCGGCUGAUCGAGUACAGGGUCAAGAAGGAUCACUACAGCGAGUAUGAUACCAAGAAUGUGGCGGUACAGUGGAAGAUGUGGUUGAGGCAUACUCGGAUGGACCCGCCUCCGCUUGAUGAACUGGAAGCUGACAAACAGAGGAUGCUUCGACUGCAGGAGAAUGUGCGCCUGAUAGCUAUUCGAGACGAAGAGAGCAGAAGAGCGGCCGAAGUUAAGAGGUUGGAAGAGUACGGCCAGGCAGUUUCCUCC